AUGUCUCACUUUGCGUCUGUUUCCACUCAGCAAGGCCAAACACCUCCCAGCAGAAAGCCAUCGGCGUAUGUAUUUGACUCUAAUGGCGAUACUCGCAUCAUUCUAAGCACAUACAUGGCCCAGACCUUCAAAUGGAAGGCAGGUAAAAUCUGGAUAAAGCAAAAAAAGCCUACAAAAGCAUACCACGAAAAGAUGAAAGACUGCAGUAAAGCAACUCUCUCAGACCUUAUUCAUACACCUUAUACUCCUCCGGAAUCUUCAGAUGGCGACGAAGCAAAUGGCAACGAAGCAGAUCUGGGAUUUGAUGACCCUGACCUGAGCCCCGAGGCAACAGACCUUCCAGUACAGGGCUGGGACUAUGGAGAGACAUGUCAACUUCCCCUUGAGAAGAUAGAUGUUCGAAUGUUAGUCUCGGGAAAGCACUUGGAGCUAGCUUCGCCUAUCUUCAAAACAAUGCUUACUGGUCCUUUCACGGAGGGAAAGGCCGAUUCCUCAGGUGUACGCUGGAUCACAGCAAGCGACUGGGAUCCUGAAGCUUUCAAAAUCGUCCUGACUAUCAUGCAUGGAUAUCAUCGAGACGUCCCAAAAUCUCUCAGGUUUAACCUUCUUGUCAUGAUAGCUAUGAUUGUAAAUUAUUAUGACUGCCUUGAGAGCGUUGAGGUAUAUACAAACGUUUGGCUAGAAGGCUUCGAGACAGCAUUGCCUACGGUUUAUGGGCGAGACUGCAUUCUUUAUCUCUUUGUAUCCUGGGUUUUUUCUAGACCAAUCAUGUUCCAAAGGAUGACUCGAUUGGCAUUGAGACACAGUCAAAAGUUGAUCGAAGCUGAGGAUUUCCCACUUCCAGCCGAUAUCAUUGAAGAGAUCGAUAUGGCACGUCAAAGCGCUCUCGCUGAAAUCUUCUCAGCGAUUUAUGAGCUUCUUGAUCUUCUGCAAGAAGAAGAAGAGUGUUCCUUUGAAUGCUCGUCCAUGCUCCUGGGAGCCCUGACGAAAGAACUAAAACGGCAUGGGAUUUUGUAUCCGCGGAAUGCCCCACCGUUCAAUGGUUUCAGUAUCAAAGGUUUUAAAAAGAUGGUAAAGCGGUUGAAAAAACCUAUUUGGAAAACCGGCCUCAAUAACCGCAGUCAUACCUGUUGUGUUCAGGAUAAGCUGUCUGUAUCUCUAGCAAAGGUGGAAAGCAAACUGCCUGCCUUUAAUCUACAGGACUUUCAGUCUGUGAAGAAUCACAGGCGUGACUAG